CGAGGAUGGCUCACGAUGCCUCGGAUCCAUCCCAAAUGUGCUUUCAUGGGGACCACUGUCGUCUAACUAUGACUGAACUUCGUUGUUUUGGGGUCCGGGUGACCGAUAACAAAAUACGUACUGUGGGUCGUGGUUGAUGUUGGGACGUGCUGACUGUUCUGAGUGCAUGUGGGUUCAUUUCCUCCGUGUGUUUCAGGGAAUGGCUACACACGGACGAAGCCGCUCCGCUGGUGGUUCCGCCCCGCAUGGAGAGGAGCGUCGAGGGACGACGUCGUCGCCGGCAAGGGAAACGAGUCGGGGAGGUGGCAGUGGGGAGGAAGAACGACGAGCUCAAAACUUGUGGUGCGACUACAGCAAAUGUGUCUGGUAUUUGGACUGGGCGAGCUUGGACGGCUCCAACCCGUUGCAACCACCGUGCGGGCCGCUCUUGUUCGUCGCAGUUCGCGCCGACAGAACGCGUCUCGCAGGGUCCAUCGUCCAGUGGGUCGGCAUUGUCGAAUACAAUUUUAAGUUUACGUUGAAGAAGCAUUACAGAAUUGAUGGUUCCGUCGACGACAUCGCAAAAGGAUGCAACGUUACCGGGAGGAUGUUCGGCGGGUACGGCCGGCGUGCGAUGUCUUUGUCGUACUUUGUCCCCCUAGCGCCGAGGCACGACGAGGCCGUUCACGUGACAGACUUCCUCGAGGUUUGGGCGAGAUCUGGUACCUCUGCCAGUGUCGUGGACGUCGGACCUGGGACAUCGAUCAGUGGUCCUGUUGGGUUCCCGGGAGGAGAGUGCUCUGAAAGGGGGAUGGGAGGUCAGGGUGGUCUGCAAGCUACUCCUCCUGAUCAAGAGGUGGGCAUGUCAGACGACUCGGAGGACGACUAUCCGCGUGCUCCUUCGAAACCGGGCUUGCAUGGAUCUCGCCGUCAAGGUUUGCUUGGGGAGUCGACGCCGCGUGGAGGCGGCGAUGGCGAACGGUUGCGACAGGGCUCAGAAUCGAUGACUCCUCGUGGUCUGGUCGAAAGGAUUGGUUUGUUUGUUCAUGGCAUGCAGGUGGCCGGGGUUUCGCCUGGAGAUCGCGCGGGUGGUCCGCAGACGGAGUUGAGCCUGGAACGAGAAGCAAGUGGGAAUGUCGCCGGUGAGAAGGAGGUGUCCGAGCAGGGGCUGUUCCGUGAGAGAUCGGCUAAAAAGGCUCAGUCGGGAGGAAAGCGCAACUUGCCGGAUGAGGAAGAGCGAGAGGGAGUAGGUGCUCUGAAAAGGCACAGAAAGGUAGGAGGGAGUGCUCGGACGCCAACAUCACGAGAGGGCGGUUCCGUUGAGAAGAGGAAAAGGGUUGGAGGUGGGGAUGAAACGCCAAAAGACUCAUCGACACAGCGAAGAACCGGUGAGUCUUCCGGGAAACGGUCGAAAUCAUCGAGGGGGAAGAAAGCAGAUGAGGGCGGCAGCGGGGAGGGAAAUGACGAUGUGGACAUUCACCUCAAAGCCUUCAACCUUGACAAUGCGUUCUUCCUCGAGAUGCAGACAGGGGUGCAGAAGGAUGUCGUGUUGCACAUCCAUCCCGAAAGAAUAUUAGGUAUUCCAGACUGGGAAGACGCGUACAACCACAAAUCCUUGGACGAGUUCCUCGUUGAUACCAUCGCGUCGGCUAUGAUCGACUGCUACGAACGUAAAGAUAUGAGAUACACGAAGCCCAUUUUCGUUCUCGCUUCGAUCGUCGCGCCUCCAGAGAAUGGCGAGCCUGCUGUGCGCGUGCUGCCUGCUGACUUCCACAGCUCACAGCAGGAGAAAUACGAGUAUUAUCCUGUGUGUGGACAGCAUAACGCGAGGGCGGCGAUGAAGGUGGUGUGGAGUUUGCUUCAGCAGGGAAGGCACGUCUUGGUCGUGGAUGGGGACACAACGCAGCUCGAAUACACCGUGCAGUAUGUCACCCAUGAAGUAUCAUCCAAGGCUUACCCAUGCGAUUUCCACCACGUCGUGGUCAAGUCCGUUUAUGACCCGAACAAGGACAUGUUCUUCAAGUUGACUCCGAAGAAAAGGUGCCAGGUCUACUCCUUCCUUUACGACGAACAACCAAGGUUGAGAUUUGACCCGCAGUACGUGGUGCGGAAGGAAGUCGCCAUUGCGGUCCUCCAGGGCUACCACGGAGCGAGUCAAGCCGGCGAGGUGAGCUUCAUUAAGAGGCUGGAAUAUGUGUUUUUUAACGAGAAUGUCCUCAAUCCGACCGAUUUCACUUUGGAUAACUACAAGCUGGCAUUCGGUGAGGAGGACGACUUCAAUAUCGAGACUAAGCAGGAGGAGAGCGUUGAGGACGAACUCUUCGAUUUGGACGGGCAAUUGUCCAUCUUCAACGCCCAAGUUUCUGAGUCGCCGUCAGUAUGCAAACCGGGGACACCUCUCGCUACACCCACCUCGGGCAGCCCCACGCCAGUGUCCUCCUCAUCGCCUGUCAAGAGGGGUGGGUUGUCCCGUCUGAGGAGUUCGCCGGGGGAGCCUAUUCCUCUCACACGCAGCCCGAACGUCUUCGACCCGGCCAUCCAGUUCCUCCGGACCAUCCGCAUCUCAAGGCUCCUGCGACUCCCUUCCACAUGGGCGACAAACACACCUUCUCCAGAGCCGAAGAUUGGGACCAUGAUAUCGUGUGGCACCCAGACCAUUUCCAGCCAGUCCUUCUCGACGGCGAAUGGGCAGUGGCUGGACACGCUGUUCGAUUUAUUGCAGUCAAAUAGAUUGCUGGAAGUGUCCUCCGCGUUCUACGCCCUUCCGUCAAGCCCGUCAAUUAAGCAAGUGAGUUGGGAGUUGCCUGCGGGUACCCCGCCGGCAGGAGUUGUGAAGCGCAAGUCUCGCGGAAAGGACGGCAAAGGGGAUGGUCAAGGAGGCGGGCAACGAGGUACCGGAGGUGGAAGUGAACAACGUUCAACGAAACAGCGGUCUCCGGGGCACGCAGGCGGCGGAGAGGGGAAAAAGGGCAGCCGGGAGAAGAAAAAGCCUCGCAGCGGAGAGAAGACAAAGCAUCAUACAGGAGACGAGCAGGGGUCCGAUGUCGACCGCGACGAGGACGGUGGGGUUCUGGCAGUGACAGGCAGCACCUCAAUGGAGACGGGGAACGACUUCAGGCCUGGGUGGAUUACACGGCCUGGCGAGCAGGACCUUGUGAUUAGCUCCACCAGCGCAACACAAUAUACCGAUGCUGUUGGCGGGGCAGUUGUAGCAAAAAAUGGAACUUGCUUCGCUCAGCUCCAAAAACGGUUGGCGGAUUGUCUCAGAUCUAUCCGAGCCUCGGAGACGACAUCGUCGUCCGGAACUCAGUGCCUUCCGGGCAGCGAGACGACAACAUAUCACGGAUCCGGCAGCGACAAGCUCCAACCAUGUUCGGUUUCGCCUCAAAAGGAAGUUCGGAUUAAUCCGAACCCGGAAGCCAGUACCGUUGAGAGAGCACAGCGGUCUGCGGAACUCAAACGGGUGGUCCGGGUUUCCGAAAACCCUGGCGGCGAAAUUCGGAUUCAUCCGAACCAGGAGGACGUGUCCGCCAUGACAGACGACCGGUGUCAAUACACCGUCAUGUUGUGCAUGGAAGUCCACAAGAAGCUGCAGGCAGACUGUCCGACUGAGGUCUUAAGCAACUCUCCGGUGAAAGCGGACACGUCGUUGCCGUUGGAAACUGCGGUGGCUCGGAUGAAUCCGAACCAGGGCCUUGUGAGCAUGUCCCUCACUGGUGCAGCUUUGGAGACGACCGUAAUUCGGAUUCAUCCGAGACACAUGGACGAAGGACUUGACGGUUGUCGACUUCUGACGAAUUUGGACAAGGACGACUCCGCCGACGACUGGAUUGAUCCGACACUCGGCGACGUCGGGAUGGAGCAACCAGUUCAGCCAGUAUACGACGACCCCUUGUACUCCGGCCUUGACGACGAGGCGAUGGGAGAGGACGUUCUGAAGAAGUCCUCUGACGCUGUUGGAGAUAGAUUUCUCUACUUGAGUGACGACUUUAAAGACACAGCGCACGAGGACAACAAGUUAAGGGGGGGAGAGGUGUCGUUGGACAUCAGGGACCUUGAGCACAACACAAUGCGACACGGUGGCGACGGAGGAAACCCGACCUUUCGAUCUUGUGGACGUCGACGCUCUUUGUCCGGAGACGGACAGACUAAAAUUGCCCGUCGCGGACGUGGAGGAUAUCCGCCAUCGGGAUGGGGAUGAAUUCAUGCCAUCGCCGGUCAUCGACACAGACAUCUCGAACCUGUCAAGUUUCCCUGUGAGUUUGGAGCACGUUGUCGAACCAAAUACCCUUACAAGGGUAUUUGGCCAUGCUCUUGCAUUUGACACAAUGACGACGUCAGCUACCCUGGCGGAGCCGGUGUGGAAUGAAAAGGGUGUGCACGC